AUGACGGUGACUAGUCCGAGGACGGCCAAUGCGGCCAACGAGACUACACCGCUGCUGAAUGAGGAGAAUGCCACCAAUGGCUGCGUUGAAACCCAAGCUCCCGAGGAGCCGGAGGCGGUCCCGGAAGGGAUGCCCGACGUAGCGGCACGGAUGCAUCUCUUGUUUCCUGCUAUUGGGAUCGGUAUCUAUCUCUGCGCCAUGGACCAAAUGUUAACCGUCGCCAGCUACGCCAAGAUCGGCAGCGACCUAAACGCCCUCAACAACACCAGCUGGGUAGCCACAGCAUACUUCCUCACCCUCACGAGCUUCCAGCCCCUCUACGGCAAACUAAGCGACAUCUUCGGCCGCAAAGAAUGCCUCCUCUUCGCCUACACCAUCUUCGCCCUCGGCUGCCUCGGCUGCGGCCUCUCCCGCAACAUGCUGGAACUCUGCGCCUCGCGCGCCGUGGCAGGCAUCGGCGGCGGCGGCAUGAACAGCGUAGUCUCCAUCCUCAUCUCCGACAUCGUGCCCCUGCGCGACCGCGGCGUGUGGCAGGGCUACCUCAACAUCAUCUUCGCGGCCGGCACUUCGACGGGCGCCCCGCUGGGGGGUCUUCUCGCUGAUUCGAUCGGUUGGCGGUGGUCGUUUCUGGGCCAGGUGCCCAUGUGCGCGGUUGCCUUUGUUACCGUCUAUCUUACCUUGCACCUCCCGAAGAAGGACCAUUCGCACUGGCUUGAGAAAGUCACCCGCGUAGACUUUCUGGGCGCCGCGCUCCUCGUCUCGGCCGUGACCGCCCUCCUCACGGGUCUAGACGCAGGCUCCAACAACGGCUGGUCCAACACCCGGACCCUCGCAAGCCUCAUCGCCGCGCCCCUUCUCUUCACCCUCUUCCUCCUCGUAGAGAUGCGCGUGGCCUCUCACCCUUUCGCACCGGGGCACAUCAUCUUCGACCGCUCCCUCUUCGCGUGCUACAUCGCCAACUUCUUCGGCACGACGGGCCAAACCGCCCUCCUCUUCUUCGCCCCGCUGUUUUUCCAGGCCGUGCAGGGCCUGUCGACCACGGAAUCCGGGGCCCUCCUCGUGCCCUGCAUGAUUUGCGCCGUGGCCGCCUCUCUGGGCGGGGGGUACGUCAUCCGCCGAACGGGGAGGUACUACUGGAUCACCGUCGCGGGUUUCGCCCUCCUCUUCGUCUCGGCCCCUCCCCUCAUGGCAUCCGUGUACGCGAGAUCCACACUCGGCGUCGUCGCCGGCCUCGCCUUCACAGCCCUCGGCGCCGGCUCCGGCAUAACCACCACCCUCGUCGCCCUCCUCUCCAACGCCGCGCAGGAAGACAUCGCCGUCGUCGUCGCCUGCUCCUACCUCUUCCGCUCCCUCGGCUCCAGCAUCGGCAUUAGCAUUUCCUCCGCCGUGCUACAGAACGUCUUGAGGUCCGAAUUGCUGAGACGCCUGGGCGAUGGCGACGCCGCGAGGGAGGUCGAGGAACGCGUGAGGAAGGAUAUGCGCGCCAUUGGGGAUUUGCCUGCUGAUGUUGCUGCUGAUGUGAGGGAUAGUUAUCGCUUGGGCGUCGGGGCUGCUAUGGGUCCUACGGUUGUGGCGUUGGCUUUUGCUGUUUUGGCGACCUUCUUUAUUCGGGAGAAGAGGAUGGGCAAGUAG